GAUGAGGUUAAAGUCGCUUAUUUACAUGUGCUCUUUUCUUCAGUCGUCUUCUCUUGAAAAUUGAAAAAUGAUUACACCACGUUUCAAGCUCAGCCAAGAUGAAAAUUGCCUAUUUGUCACGAUUCACGCACCCUUUUCCAAGGUAUCAGACGCAGAAAUUUACAUGGAUGGUACUGAUUUUCGCUUUCAUUCAAAUCCCUAUUACAUUCGCCUUAACUUGCCGGGAGAAAUAAUUGAAAACGACGAGGCUAAAGCUAAUUUUGAUGCUGAAACAAAUGAAUUCAAAAUCACGUGUCCAAAAGUAAUAAAAGGAACACAUUUCCAAGGACUGGAUAUGCUUACGAGUCUUCUGGCACCCAAAGGAAAAAGAAGUGUCGACAGCAAGGGAAUUGAAGUGCUUGAAGAAACCUGCUCAGAAGAGGACUCGGAAUCAGAUUUUGAUUGGUUCUUGGAGCAAAAAAUUGAAGAAGAAUCAUCAGAUUUACCAGCUAAUGUUUCGAAAUAUGGUUUUGGCUUGAAACAUUCCGGACUCUUUGCUACAUUGGCUGAGGAACUGCAUCAGGUUGUGGAUGUCAAAAAUCCUGACAACCAGUCAGCCUCAGAAAGAAGAAUAGAAAGAUUGGAACAAGAGAAGAGAGAAUUUAAUGCAGAACACUACUUGGCUGAUUUUUUCCAGACUGACAUGAUCGAUCCUCUAAUUGAAUACCUACCUUCAAGCAGGAUUGGGGAGGAGUGGACAGAGGCAGAAACUAUCCUCUUAAAAACCCUCACCAACAAAGAAUACCUCCUGGAUCAUGAUCAACUACAGUCCACAUAUUUGGGUUUGGUUGAUAUUUUGCUGGCAUAUUGCUACGAUAUGAGAACCACCAUGUCCGACCCCAACGUCGAAUCAGCAUGGACCAUAGCAAAAAUUAGUGGAACUUUAUCUUGGCUUGAGAUUUUCACUUCGAUUCGCCAAGUUGUAGAUUGCUUUCUUCGUAGAAGUCUGUGUUUUCCCUUAUUUCGAAACUUCAAAUUGUCCAUUAAAGCCAUUGAAGACGCCUCAAAUAUUCUUAAAGAAGGGCGGACGUCAGUCUUGAGGUGUUUCUUACAAAUUCAUCAGCUGUUCAACAAAAGUGAUCCUCGAUACCUUCUUAAUCAACUGUACAUUCGAGACUAUUGUAUCUGGAUACAAAAGUGUAAUGACGAGACACUCGCCUCGCUAAGCCAAAGUUUAAAAUCGAUGGAAUUUACCAAAGAAGAUGUUACGUUAAACCUUGUUGAUCUUGAGCGGGCCGCAGUUAACCUGAUGUGCUAUAGUGACGACUCGUCAGAAGAAUCGGACCUCGAAGAACAAAUGGCCCAUCUGUCACUCAAAAAGAAAUCCGCUUCGAGCGCAAUGCCGAUUGAUCUUCAGGUUGCAGCGGAAGCCGCUCGAAUGAGCUCGGAAUCUGAUUUGGAUUCUGAUGAUGAUUCUUCAUCCGAAGAAAGUGACUGAUUAAAGAUUCCCUUCCAAUUUCUUGACUUGAUGAAAAGUGUAUGCACAGAUAAUGGAACUUCACCAUAAGAGGAAUACAGUUGAAACUUUUGGUAUA